CUUAUAAGUUAAAGUUAAUAGUUAUCGUUCGUCAUGAUACGGUUUACUUAUAACUUCUAGUCAAUAGUCAUGUUCAUCGGCUUACAAAAUAUGAUUCAAUUUCCAAUCUCAUAUUUUUGAAGUUACAAAUAAUUGUAGACCUGAGUGGCUGAGUGUUAUUUUUUAAAGAAGUUAAUUGUUUAAUACAUUUUAAAAGUCCACAACGAUUUCUACAAAAUAUGUUCAAUUUUCAAUUGUUUGUUUAGUUGAAACAAAUCUUAAAAAAUGGAACAGGAAAAUGAAGCCGAUCAUCUCAGUGAACACACACACAUACACAAAACAUUAGUUUCAAACAAUAAUAACCACAAUCAGGUAACAUCAAUUGAUCAGGAAAUGCAAUUAAAUACGACCAACAGUGAUCUAAAAAUUGAUCCUUCUACAUCUUCUUAUGAACAUGUUAAUUCAACAUCAAACAAUACGUCUAACUCUGAUAUUGAUAUUAACCAGAUUAGAGAACAAUUUACUGUUGAAUCGAUUCCAGCUAAAGUUUUAAAAAGUGAUAAUCCAUCAGAGAUUAAUUUUGAUAUGGAUUCUGAUAAAAAUUCUAAUAUAAACAAUAUAAUUAAAACCAGCUUAGAGAAUAAUCACGAAACUCUCAAAAAUAAAAGUCCAAUUCCAUUUAUGAAAUAUAAACAAACUAACAUUGACGUUCUAAAAUCAACUGAAAAUGCUAUUAAGUUUAAGAAGUCAUUUGAAAAAAGUUUUCAUUGUUUUAUUUGUGACACUCAAAUAAAAUCGUUAAAAGAUUGGGAGUCACAUGCUAUAAGUACAUUUCAUAUAGAAAAAUGUAUGAACAAAAAUAAUUUUGUUUCAUACGAUUGUGGUGGUUGUAAAACAUUUUUUUUUGGAAGUAAGGAACGGAUUUUAAAACAUUGUAAAGAUGUUCAUAAUGAUAUAUCUGGAUUACCAUGUGUUUUUAAAUGUAUGAAAGAAGUAUUUUAUCAUUGUAUGUGUAUAAGUCCAACUAAUUGGAAAUCUUGGUCGUUUUGUGGUCCUUGUAAAAGUUUUUCAUGUUAUAAAAUUAAAUGUUACCCUAGUAACCACAUUUAUAAAAAAACAAUUCAAUUUAAAUGUGAUUCGUGUUUAAUAGAUUUUGUAUGUAGUCAAGAAGUUUACAAUAAACAUUUAAUGUCAUGCGAACAUAUCAUGUUGGAAUAUUUACAAAAUAAAAAAGUUGACAAAAAUCUGGAAACUCAAACUAUGUAUUGUUUAAAACUACCUCCAAUAAUUUUAAAUAAGUUUUCUAUUGAUAAUAUAAAAUCUACUUGUAAUGAUUGUAAGUUUCAAAUGGAGUCCAAUGAAAAAGCAUUAACUUUUCAUCUAACAGUAUGUAUCAACAAAUCUGAUAUACACGGAAAAAAAACAUCGAACAUCAAAACUUAUUUUUGUGAAGUCUGCAAUAUAACCACAUCCAAUUUUACUCAAUGGAAGUUCCAUUUAUUAUUAUCAAGUCAUUUAAUUAAGUGUUUUGAUAUUAAAGAUUUAGUUUCUUAUACAUGUGAAAUUUGCUCACUACAGUGUUAUGGAGCUGUACAUCAUGUAACAGACCAUCAAAACCUUCAUCCAAAUAAUUCUGUACAAAAUCUUUCCAAAUUUAUGGCUUUUAACUUUCAGCGUAUUAACAAAGAUUUAGAAACCAAAGAUUUUUAUUAUUGUGAAGAAUGUGAAACAUAUGCUGAAGUCAAUUCUAAUUCAGAUCAUUGGAAUAAAAGUCAUAAAACUAAAUUGAAACGUAUAGUCUGUAAACCCUGCCGUACAGAAUUCUUUUGUAUUGAAGAUAAUGGGUUAUUCACAAGUCAUAUUUUAUCAAGUGAACACAUUAUUUUAAAGUCUGUUAUUUCUAAAAAUGUAUUUCCAGAAUGUAAAACACAAUCAUCAAUCAAUCAAAAUCAAAAACCUAAUGCUUCAAAAAGUACAUUAGAAAAAAAUAAAGUUUCAUUUAAUGUUAAACCGUAUUUACAAUUUUUUCAAAAUGUAAAAAAUGAAAAUAACACUAUGUGUAAAUCAUGUGAUAAUCUAAUUAAUUUAAAUCACAAUGAUCUCCUUAGUCACCUGUUAGUUUGUAAUCAUGGAUUAGUAGAAAGUAUCCCUAAAUCAAAUUUAAAUUAUUUUCAAUGUUUAGAGUGUGCAUUUUAUUCCAACAACAAGGAUGCUUGGAUAGAUCAUGCAACUACACAUGCAAAAUUAGAUACAAAUGAUUGUUAUUCUUAUAUUUGUAUAAAUUGUAACUCUUUAGUGUAUGGUACAACUGGUGAUAUUGAAUUACAUUUAAUUACUGAACACAAGACAACAUUUAUAAACAUGCCAUUAGAAUCAGUGUUAAUGGCUAAACAAUUAAUGAAGAGAAAUAUUAAUGUUGGUAAAUCGUCUGAUAUAAUGUGCUUUUGUGAGCCAUGUAAUAUGAUAUUUAAGUCAAGUGAUCAUCGUAAUCAUUUUAAAACAGAUAGUCAUGCGACAGCAGCAUCAGACAUUGUAGAAUUAUUUUACUGUAAAGAUUGUAAAGUUGAAUUCUACUCUUCAAUUACAGUUUAUGAAUGUCACAAGUUAACCGCAGAACAUAUAGUUAUGAGUUCAGACUAUAAAAAAACUGAAAUUAAGGCUCUUCUCAAACCUUUGAAACUUGAUACUCAUUUAUUUACCUUUGUUACUGAUCAAAACCUGUACAAUUCAACAUUAAACAUUGGGUUUUUUUGUUUUAUUUGUGAUUACUUGUGUUUAAAAUUAGAUGUAUGGAAGAUUCAUAUUAAUAGUAAAAAGCAUAUCAAUUCUUCCAAGGAUCUUUGUACGGACCAUCGUUGUAAAAUUUGUAAGACACUUAUGUUUGGUAAACGACAUCACAUGUUUGAACAUUAUAGCAAUCGUUUUCAUUCAAUGUUGAGACAGUUCAAAUUAAUGACAUCUACUGAGGAUUCAAAACAAAAAUGUGAAACAAAACACGCUGGCAAUAUGGGAACAACUUUGGAAAAUGAUCAAACUGCAGUAGUUAAUGAAAAACCAGAAGAAUCAAGUACUGCAGUUAAUUUAUUAACAGAAAUGAUGACUAAAUUAUCUCAUCAAUCAAAUAUUCAUAAAGAAAGUAGUUUAUUAGAAGACUCUGCUACCAAAAAUAUACAUCCAAUGACAGUAGAUGAAUUUCCUUCCGAAUUAAAUUUUCAUCAAGAUAGUAGUGUACUAGAUGAAUCUAUUACAGAAAUUAAUAAAACUGAAUCAAUGAUAAAAACCAUGGAUGAAGUUCCUAUUGAAACAAAUACAAAUACAAAUUAUAGUAUUUUUUAUAAAUUGAAAAUUAAAAUGCUAAAUGAAUUGCUUAAGCAAAAUAAAGAGAUAAAAUCACAAGUAUGUUAUUAUUGUAUAUCAUGUGAUUUUAUAACUACAGGAAAAAAGUAUUGGGACGAUCAUAAUUCAACUAAUCAUUCAAAUGAGGCUGAAUCGCGUAGUAAGGGGUAUUGUGAUGUUUGCAAUUUAUAUCAAUUUGGGCUAUUUCAUCAGUUAGAUAAACACCGUGACACUAUUGAACAUAAAAAUAUGUUAGAUUUAAAAAAAUUAAGCAACUUAAAUCAUUUGAAAAACAACAAUAAUAAAAGGAAAAAUGAACAGAACAGUAAUAUGACUUCUGUCAAUCCUUCUGAUGUUACUCAAACUUCAAAAGUAGACAAGCAACAAACAAAUGGUAGAAAAACUGAUCACAAAGAAGGAAAUAAUCGUCAAAUCAUGAUUGAAAUUAAAGAUGUAAAACCAGAGUAUAAAAAAAAUAGCUGGGUUGAAAUUAAGAAAAUAUUGGCUUUUUAUGGACUUUUUGGACAUAUUACUAAGCAUAACUCUAUUACAAUCAUUUUUCGUAAAUUAGCUUCCGUAAACAAAAUGUUAAAAGAUAAAGAAAUGCUGGAAAGACAAUACGGAUUUACUAUUAAUGUUAUAGUUGAAGAUGACAAAUUACCUGAAUUAGAUAAAACAACAUUAUAUGAGUUUGGAAAUAAGGCAGUACUACUAAAAUCGAUUAACACACAACUUGCGGCAAUUAAUCAAGAAAUUUCCAACCCUGAAAUAAUUGGUAGAUUAUUCUUGUUAUUAAAUUCAAUACAUAGUUGUGCUGGAAAACAUUUCAAAAGCAGUAAAACAUAUGCUUUUGGAUCACGUAUGUCAGGUCUUGCACUGAAAGAUAGUGAUGUGGAUUUAUACUUUGAUAUCGCUGACACUUUUGGUGGAGAAUUAAGUAAUGAUCUAUAUGCUCAAGAGGAUCUAGUACGUUAUUUUGGAAAAGUAUUUCGAUCUCAACAUAAUGAAUAUAAACAUAUACAAACAAUAACUGGAGCACGUGUUCCUAUAGUCAAAUUUUUUCAUGUCCCUUCCGGUCUAUAUUGUGAUUUAUCUUUUAAAAGUGGUCUUAGUACACAUAACACUAAACUCGUCAGAUUGUACCUAGCGUUGGAUGAACGUGUUCAUUGGAUUGUUUGUGCAGUUGUUAAACGUUGGGCAUUACAAAAUGAAAUGAAAAAUCAAAGUAUGUUUACCAGUUAUGCUUUAGCAUGGUUGGUUCUUUUUUACCUGAUGACUAUUCAAGUAGUACCUCCAUUAAUAUUACUCAGAGAACAUGCAGAUUAUACAAAUGAUACAUCUAGAUCAGAUGUUAUGUUCAUAGAAGAUUGGGACUGUACCUUUUGCACUCUAGAAAAAGCUAAACAAAUAUGGAAGGUACCAGAAAUUGAUUGUUGGGACUUAUUAUUAGGAUUUUUUAAAUUUUAUUCAGACUCUAACAGACUUAAACAAUUUGUUCUUUGUCCAGCUAUUGGACAGGCUAUACCUAAAGACAAAUUUUAUGAUAUUCCAAUAACAAAUCCAGAAUUAUUAGGUUUUAACAAAAAAAAAAUUGGUAGACCUAAUGACUGGCGUACAAAAUUAAAAGAUUAUUUUCAUGGUGAAGGUCUUGCAGUACAAGAUCCUUUUGAUCUUUUCCAUAAUAUAACAAAAAUUAUAUCACCUAGAAAGCUACAGACCUUCUCUUAUUUAUGCAAUAAAACUAUGGAAGUCAUGAAUAACGGAGUUCAACCUUAUUAUGCAUAAAUAUGUAAGACAAUUUUUUUUAUCUGAAUCAAAACAUUUGAAAUAAGAUUAAAUUUUAUAAUUAAAUAAAUAAAUAUUUAAUAAAAAUUCCAACAAUACAAUUAUAAAUGUAACAUAAAAAUGUUAAAUUAAUUGUCAAUUACUAAAUUAUAUUUUGUUAUCUGUACUUUGUGUUGAUUUGAGUACAUUUAUUAAUUUAUUAUUUCAGUAAUUUAAAGUUCAGAUAUGAAAUAAGUGAUUUAUUAUUUAAUUGUACCUCUUAUAAUUUUACAGACAGUUCAUUUAUAUUCAAUAAAACAAUUAGUUAUUUUCUUUUAUUAUACAAUUAUCCUUUUAUGCCAUUAUGUUUUGUUUUUAUAUAAGUGAAUUUUUAAUAAUUUUUUUUUUUUAAUUUGUCUGUUUUGAAUUUUUACAUUCAUUACAAAUUAAUUUUAUCUUAAGGUAUCUAGUUAUAAUGACAUUAUUCAAUCAAGUAAUGAUAGUUAUAUUAUUAAAAAUGUAUUGAAUUUUAUUAUUGUUGGUCAAUAUAAGUAUACUAUAAAAUUGCGUUUAACUUUUUGGGGGUAAUUUUCUGAUAACAAAAAUAAAUAAUAUAAUUUGAACCCAAUUAAAGGGAAUUUAAUUUGUUUUACUAAUCUAAAACAUCCUAAAUUUUUUUUUAAAAUUGUCAAGGGGGGAGCCAAGUGUGCAAGCUAAAUUUAAUAAGAAGAAUAACGCAAUUUAUAGUUGAUAAAAGAGUCUUUAUAUUGUAGACUUUUUUAAAGACCUAUUUUAUUAUAUUAUGUAUUCUUAUUGUAUUUUUAAAUAAUUGCAUAUUAUUUGUGUAUUAAUAAUUUAAUUUAAAUAUAAUAUUUUAAAAAUCUUA